AUGCAGCAGCUGUCAGUGUGUCAAGAAGAAAUUAUCCCUGAGAAGCGUGGGAGUGGGCAUCUUGUCAUGGAGAAUAUUAAAGAGGAACAAGAGGAAUUCUGGCCAUGUCAAGAGGAACAGCAACUUCACCAGCUGGAGGAGUCUGGUAUCAUUAAGUUCCCUUUGACUCUUGUCCCUGUCAAAAGUGAAAAUGAAGAAAAACCAGCAUUAUCACAGCUUUAUCGAAGCCAAGCUGAUGACAGCAAACAGGUAGAGACUCCAGCGAGCAGGUCUUUUGCACACAGAAUGCUGACAGCACAAGGUGAUGAAGAGGACAAUAAAAUACCACAACCAGACAGCAACUCAAGCCCAUAUACUGAUGGCAAGAAUUCAGACAUUUCUGAAACUGAGACUGAUGAGAGUUUUGAAUGCUGGAAAAGCAUUUUUAACAAUAGAUAUUUAAAUCAUCACAAGAGGGAGAAACCAAUUGGGUGCCUUGAGCUUGGUAAAAGGCGGAAGCAAAAUGUCAAUGAGAAAACGCACCCCAAAAGUCAUACAGGUGAGAAGCCAUUUUGCUGUUCUGAGUGUGGCAAAACAUUUAGACAAAAGAGCGUUCUCAAAGCACAUAUUAGAAUUCAUACAGGAGAGAGACCAUUCAUUUGCUCUGAGUGUAGUAAAAGGUUUGGUCUGAAGAGCCAUCUUGAUGGCCAUAUGAGAAUUCAUACAGGAGAGAAACCAUUUGGCUGCUUUGAUUGCAGUAAAAGAUUUGGAAGAAAGGACGUGCUGAAGACUCACAUGAGAAUUCACACAGGAGAGAAACCAUUUGGCUGUCCCGAUUGUGGUGAAAGAUUUCGAAGGAAGGACAAUCUAAAAGGACACUUGAGAAUUCAUACUGGAGAGAAACCAUUUGGCUGUUCUGAGUGUGGCAAAUGUUUUAGACAAAAAAGUAGUUUUAACAUGCACAUGAAAAGACAUAGAGGUCAGAAACUAUUUGGUUGUCCUGAGUGUGGUGAAAAAUUUGGAAGGAAGGGCAAAUUGAACAAACACAUAAGAAAGCAUACAGAAGAGAAACUACUCAGCUGUUCUGAAUGUGGUAAAACAUUUGCAAGACAGCACAAUUUGAACAGACACAUGAAAAUUCAUAUUGGAGAAAAACCAUUUCGCUGUUCUGAGUGUGCAGAAAGAUUUGGAUUUAAGGGCCAUCUUAAUGAACACAUGAGAGUGCAUACUGGAGAGAAACCAUUUACUUGUUCUGACUGUGGUGAAAGGUUUGGAAGAAAGGGAAUUCUGAACGUACAUAAGAGAACUCAUACAGGAGAAAAACCAUUUGCCUGUUCUGACUGUGGUGAACAAUUCGGAAGAAAGGACAAUCUAAAUGUGCACCUAAGAAUUCAUACAGGAGAGAAACCAUUUGGCUGUUCCGAAUGUGGUGGAAGAUUUCGACAAAAGAGUAAUCUUAACGCACACAUGAAAAGGCAUAAAGGAAAGAACGAUUUGGUUGUCCUGAGUGUGGCAAAAGAUUGGAAGAAAACAUAGUCUGACAAAGCACAUGAGAAUUCAUACAGAAG